AUGACUCAAGAAACUCCACAGAAGAAGAGGGUUGUCAUCAUUGGUGCAACCGGUCUACAGGGAGGUUCUGUCGCAAGACUCCUUGCCCAAUCUCCAGAUCGUUACAUCGUUCGCGGCUUGACUCGCAACACCUCUUCUCCGAAGGCUCAAGACCUCUCCAAACUAGGCAUCGAAGUCCAACGGGCCGACGUCGAUGACUCAAAAAGUCUCCAGGACGCCUUCCACGAUGCUCAUGUUAUCUUCGCCAUGACAGACUUUUGGCAGCACAUGUCUGGUGCUAGAGAAGAAGCCCAGGGCAAAUCUAUCAUGGACAUUGCUGCUGAACUACCGCACCUUGAACAGCUCAUUUGGGCAGAUCUUCCCGAUGCUAACAAGAUCUCCGAAGGAUUUUAUCCACAUGUCUAUCACUGGCAGAGCAAAGCUGCUGUCUCCAAGUACAUUCGUGAGGAGAAGCCUGAGUUGUGGAAGAAGACUACUUCUGUGCUUUUCCCUAACUACUUCGAGAACUGCCUUACUCAGCCAGGCACUUAUCUUCCUAUCAAGCAAGCGGAUGGAACCUAUUUGAGGUCUUUUGUCUUGCCCGAGACUACUCACCUCCCCAAUGUUGCCAUCUCCGACACGGGAAAGUUAGUACAGUACAUUCUCGAUCAUCCCAACAAAUGUCUUGAAAAGACCAUCGCGUUUUACUCCGAAGCAAUCUCGGAAGGAGAAAAGAUUCGUUCUAUUGCUAAAGCAUAUAAUAUCGACAUUCGUUACAACGAGAUGUCCCCGGAUGAAUUUCAAGGCAUCCUCAAGAAGCACAUGGACGAUGUGACUGCCUUGGACUUUACCGAGCAGCUACUCAUAUUCCGAGAUUUUGGAAUGAUUUAUGAGAGAGCCGAGUUUGUCCAAGCCAACCAGCUACCCGGACUCAAAUUGACGACCUGGAAGGAGUUCAUGGAAGCGAACGACUUGCACUCUUAUAUGACCAGGGUUUAA